UUCAGGAAGCGCUCUACCUCUUGACGAAGCAGCGGACACAAAAGGGAGGCCUGUCUCACAGCCAUGCAGCCCGAAUAGUAUUGAAGACUCUUUGAUCGUCGGAACGGAACCGCCAUUGCCAGGACUAUAAAACCCGUUGAGGGAAUGACGCGCUAUCCGGCGGAAAAUUUUCACAAAGAAUAAACGUUAGUUUGGUGUUCCCGUCAAAUUGCCUGGGGGGAGAGACGGGUUUGUUUAUCCUGAGAACAACCGCAGAGAAAGAGCUCCUCUUCCCGCCCAUUUUCGUCACCAAAGUCCGGACGGAGGAAGCAAGAAGGUUCCCUUCUGCCGCAGGCAUGGUCCUCUCCUAGGGUUUCAUUUUUCCUUGUUCCCUUACUUCUUCUUGCCCACUUGUCGUCCUCCUCCUUAGGAGGGGGUGGAGGGAUUUACUUUAACCGGAGGCGACUAUGGCGGUAGCUAAAGGGGGAAGCGGAAAGCUCGUUGAGUUGGAAGAAAAAGAAGGCGUUAGAGAACUGUCAGAUGAUUACAUGGUACGGACGAUCGGAAUGCCUGUACCGUUACUGCGUUCAAAGGCAGCAUUCGACGAAGACGACCCUCCUGCUCAGGGAUUGGCUAUUUCUGAACGGCUAGGUCUGAUGUUCGUGGCACAUCAUAGAGGGUUUUUCAUGGCAAACACCAAAGAUGUGUUGUCAUUAGCAAAGGACAUGAAGGAAUCAAAUAAGUUUUCCUCAAUUCAAGACUUGAGCAUUGUUGAUAUUUCACUUGCUGGGAUACCGUUUCUGCAACUCUCUCUCGAUUCUUCCAUACUUGCUGCAUGCUGGGGUGGAGAACUUCAGUUUUUCUCCACGGAUUCCCUUGUAAAAAAGGUGAAGGAACCAUUUAUGUCAAGGUCAUUUGAUGCACCUAACCAUGUGAAGGAUCUUCGGUGGGAUAAAAGUGGAAAGAAUGCUUAUGUUGCUCUUUCAAGUGACGGAGUGCUGUAUCAUGGUGGUUUGCGCACACAGCAUACAGAUAUAGCAGAAAACGUGGAGGCUGUUGAUUGGUCUCAUAAGGGGGAUCUAAUUGCCAUAGCACAAAUGAGUUCUGUAUGCAUUUUGUCAUCUGAUUUCAAAGAGAGGUUUCGCAUGCCGCUGCCUCCUCAUCCACAUGGAGAUGAUGCUACUACAUGUAAAAUAGAAGUGGAUUCAAUCAAAUGGGUGCGGCAUGGCAGUAUUGUAAUAGGAUGCAAUCAACUAUCUGAAGAUGGAAUAGGUGGUGGUUACCUAGUCCGAGUGAUCACCAGCAAUGACCGUGACCUUUCUGAGGUGUCACAUAAUGUGAUUGUGACCUUUGACAGCUUUUUCUUGAGUUAUAAUGAGACACUUUUGCCAUUUGGUCGUGGACCUUUGCUGUUUUUGAACUAUCUGGAACGCUGGGAGCUUGCAAUUACUGCCAAUAGGAAGAGUAUAGACGAUCACAUUGUCUUCUUGGGCUGGUUUGAAGACCAGAAGCUGAAGGAGCCAAAAGUUAUUGAAUUCCUGCAAGACAAGUGGAUGCCAAGGAUUCAAAUGAGAGCAAAUGGUGAUGAAAACUUGUUAGUGGGCUUCUGUGUGGAUCUAAAUGUUGAUGAUGGAAAAUUUGAAAUUGAAGUGGAUGGUGGAGGAAGGAUUCAACUUUCUUAUUGCAUUAUGCUAUGUCUUACUGUUGAUGGGAUGCUUACCUUGUUCCGUGUUGCCAAGAGAAGUGCACCUGUUACGGUCCCUCUAAUACCAAAUAAUAGUACUUUUGGCAUCGAAGAGCAUAACAUUACAUUUUCUGGGGUGCAGCAUGAACUGAACACUGCAGUUUCAAGGCCCACCAAGCACACAGUCAAAGAUGCAGGGGUUGAUGAUAAACCCCUAAGAUCUGAUGUUGGACCAGUCAGUACAAGCAGUAGCACUGGGUGUGAGAUCAUUGUCGAACAGUCUGCUACAGUUCAAUCCCAUGAUUUGCAGAAAUCAGUAAUUCAAAUCACUGAAGAGUCUGGCAGCUCACAUCUUCAAGUGGAGAAGAGUGGUGAAAGAACUGAUACUGUUGCAAAACCUGCGGUCCAAUACUCAGCUGUUGAAAUUGCAUAUAAAACUUCACCUCAAGUACCAAUGCUUGGAGGCUUGCAUCUUCAUGUGGAUAAGAGUCCUGCAAGAACCAAUUCUGCUGUAAAAUCUGAGGUUCAAAGCUCUGCUGUUGAAAGUGCAAAUAGAAAAUCACCUCAAGUAACAGGACCUGGAGUUUUCAUGAAUAAGGAUUUCCAAAAGCCUUUCGUUUCUGUAAAAGGAACUGUUGACAUGGGAAGUUCUGUUAUUCAAAACAUUUCGCUGACUACAGACAGAUCAAGUUCUCAGAAUUUGCAAAUGGUAAAGGAACAGGAGGAUAGCUUUGUCGGGCAACGUGGUAAAGGUUUCACUGUAAAAUCUAGCAGUACUGGUCUGUACCAAUCAGAAUCUGUAGCCUCUCCUCAUGGAUAUCCAAGUUUGUCCCAAAAAGGUUUUUUAGUGCCCCUCCACCAAGAAGUGCUACCCAAGCAGGAUAUCAAAUUCAACUCUCUCUCUCCUGUGGCUAUGGAGUCUGAUGACUUUUCAAGAGCAUUUGAAAAUGUAAGGGAAAUGGCCAAGGAGCUAGAUUGCCUGCUUUUCAGCAUUGAAGCAGAGGGAUGUUAUAUGGAUGCAUACCCAGUCAUCCAAAAAGACUGCAUAUUAGCAAUAGAGGGGUCAAUAAGGAGCCUGUCCAAAAGAUGCAGGGAUUGGAAGAGCAUAACGAAUGGGCACCUUCAGGAUAUUCAAAAUCUCCAAAAUAAGGCUAUGCAGGCCAUAGCCAAGGAAGUCCAUAUGAAAAGCAUAGUUAGGCAAGCUAAAAAUAGCAAAUAUUGGGACCUGUGGGACUGUCAGAAGUUGCGUCCUGAGUUUGAGGUUAAGCGGCGGAGGUUGUUUAAAGCAAAGCAGGACCUGAUAAAACAACUUGUAGAACUGGAAAGACAUUUCAAUGUUCUUGAGCUAAAUAAAUUUGGUGGUGAGGAUAUAAAAUUUAGAGUGAAAGGUUUCCAAAACAGCAUGGAGUUGUUGAGACGAGGACAUGAACUCCGUAGUCUAUACAGCACAAUGAAUUCACAGUUGGCUGCAUCUACUCACCUUUCAGAAUGCCUCUCGAAACAUAUGGCUGCUCUUAACAUUGCUCCUUCCACUGUUAAGCGGCAUGAAACAACAAAGGAACUGUUUGAAUCAAUUGGACUUGCUUACGAUGAUGAUGCUUUCCAAUCUCCUCAUUCUAGUGGAGCUGAUUCUGCUGUGCAUUUGAGCAAGAAGCCACUAAUUUCUUCCUCAUUUGGUACCCAUAAAGAAGAAAAGUUAAACAUUUUCCAGAAUUUGGAACCAGAGACUGCAAGAAGGAGAAGAGAUUCAGUGGACCAACAUUUGGUUCGCUUUGAUCCUCCAAAAACAAUAGUUAAGAGGAUUUUGAAAGAGGAAUUUCCAGUUGUUACCGUAGAUAAGUUCUCUCUUGAGAAGAACAAAGGGGUGUUUAAUUCAGAAGCAGGACUUGUUGGAUCUUCUGAUAAGGAUUCGGCAGUUUCCGUGGCGCUGCCAUCUACGAAUAGCCAUUUGCAUGACCAGUACCCUGCAAGUAAAGAUAAUUGUUUUGAGGCUAAGAAGUGGAGUUCCAAAAUGCCACUUCACUUUUCUUUCAACGAGUCCAAAUCUACAUAUGAAGCACCAAGUAAUUUAGCAUCAGAUUCUCCUGGAACGUCUGUUCUGAGGGCAAAUAUCCUUCCAUCAACAUUUUCUGUGCCAUUGUCAACUCUCCACAGUGCUAAUAUUGAAGGUAGUAUAACCUAUCAUGGGAAAAGCAGUGCAGUUCCCAGUGCUAAGGGGGCCGUUAACUCAACAGGACAAGCAUAUUUUGCUGCUAAAACAGGUGCCAGUGCACAUAUCUUUAACUCCAAGCUGAGUGAGCAGUCAAGAAUCAUGCAAGUUCCGUCAGAAGUGAUAGAACAAGGGAAAGCUGCUGCCCAUGCAAGUCUUCAGUACGCAGGUUUUUCUGGUGAAAAGCUAGAAGACGACAACCAUAAAUAUGAAGCAGGUUUGGAGCAUAGUUUGCCGGUUUCAAAAUCUAAGUGCAUUUCAUCAAAAUAUCCGUCACUGCUACCAGCUGGUCCCUUGAUGGAAGCAUUACAAUCAACUCAUAGCACAGGCAGUGCUCAAGCUACCAAAACUCUAUCAACUGGGACAUCUAUCCUACCUAAAUCUACAUCCUCUUCAGUGCCCACAUCACCUGUAUCCACUUUGCUUGUACCGUCGCCUGUUUCAGCAUUUUCGCCGUUAGGAACAACUUCAAGUUUAAGUAAGCCUUUAUAUGUUCAUUCAUUUUCUUCUACAACUACUGUUGGUUUGUGUGAAGCAACAAGGCAGAUGAGUGCAGAUACUGAAAGGGUCCAGUCCAGCGAAGUUUUAUUAAUGGCCACAGUUUCUGAACCUACAUUAGCUCCACCUAUUCUAUCCUCUUUUCAAGCAUUAGCAUCCACGGGAUCGGCUUCAGCUUUCUCAUCAUCUGCUGAGACAUCAAUUUCAUCACUACUGCCACCAAGUAAUCCAUUAUUUUCGGUGUCCCCAAGUUCAUCAUCUGCAACCUCAGCACCAAUUCUGUCAUCUGGAGCUUCAUCCAGUGCAAUACUAGCACCAGCUUCAUCACCAGUGUAUGUUGACCUGGACCAUCCAAAGGGGUCACUUUCACUUCAUACAGUUGGCUUAGCUGAUGGCCGUGCAACCCAUGGCCUUCAUGAAACAGUGCGGACCUCUGAUGUGUCAAAAUCGAGCCCUCAGAAACCUGAUGAAGGCACUAUUGUUUCAAAAGCGGAUUUCUUGCCAACACCCGCAACAAUCUCUAUCGCUGGAGUUUCAACAGGAUUUUCUCUUGGCAGUUCAUCCAACUUGUUUGGUUCUUCAUCUAGUAUCUCUUUAAGCUCUCAACAAACAACUGUUAGCACGUUGGUGGCUGAAAAUAUGGAUACAACGACUGUCCAAGAAGAUGAGAUGGAAGAAGAACUUUCAGAUUCCACAACCACAUUGAACCUUGGAUCACUGGAUGGCUUUGGUCUUGGCUCGACCAUCUCAAAUGCACCCAAAAGUAACAUUUUUGGUGGCUCAUUUUCUGUCUCUACACAAGCAAACACUGGAAUUUCCAUGUCAAGUCCUAAUGGUGAACUCUUUAAACCAGCUUCCUUUACUUUGCCUGCCCAGCUAUCUAAGCCAAGUGGUUCGAACCUGUUUUCUGGAGCUUUCGGUGGAAUGAAAAAUGCAAUGCCUGUCAACAAUUCAUUUGGGCAACCUGCUCAGAUUGGAGGGGGGCAGCAGUCUCUGGGUUCAGUUCUUGGAUCUUUUGGGCAAUCAAGACAGUUUGGUGUCGGAUUACCUGGAGCAGGACUUGCUUCUCCAAAUGCAUUUGGAGGUGGAUUUGCUGGAGCUGCUACUAGUGGUGGAUUUUCUGCUGCGGCAUCUGGUGGAGGUGGUUUUGCUGGAGCUGCUACUGGUGGUGGAUUUGCUGCUGCAGCUUCAGCUGGCGGUGGAUUUGCUGGUGCUGGUGCAAGUACAGGUGGCUUCAGUGGUUUCAGCAGCAAACCUGGAGGUAGUGCCUCCAGUGGCAGCAAUCUCGCUCCAAGCCCACUGUCAGAUCGAUUUACCCAGAUUAGAAAAUAGUUAAUGUGUUCAAGGUGAUCGAGGCACCAACUUGUGGGCUAAUCUGAUGUGUAUUUCGGAUUUUUUUCAGGUGACCUGUAAAUACUUUUUUUUUUUAUCUUCUUUUCCAUACUUUUGGUGGAGUCAAGGCUGCUUUUUAUUGUAAGAAACAAAAUCCUUAACGAAGUGAGCGCAUUGAGAAUCAA